GAAAAUAAUUACGAAAAGAAAAAUUGUAUGCCGUUGUGUGUGUACUCAGGUAUGCAGUGGUUGUUUUAAAAGGUGAACGAAAGGGUGUUUAGAGUAAUAGAUUUUGGUAUUUGCAGUGGGGGAGGUUACGGUCUUCGCUCAAGACAUCCAAGUCUGCUGGCGACUUCAGCUCGUGCGGUGGCCAGUUAGCGAGAGACCACCUGUUGGAGAGCAGCGUUCUGUUUGCUUUUCCCCUUGUCCAGUCGGCGACGCGUUCUCAGUUUCAAAUUUUGUUUAGUUUUUUGGAGUGGACGAGAGGGCUGACUUUGCGGAAAGCGAAUCUCACUUAUUUUCUUUUUGGUAUAUGUGAAACUCGGUGGACCGCAAAAGUGAGGAAAAGUGCGAGGGCAGAGCCCAGCACAGCAAAAUUGUGUCGUUUUGGAUUAUCUGGAAACUGCACAAAAUUCGGUGAAAGUCGGUGGUCAAGUACAUUAUGAUCAGAGUCGGAGGUCGGAUAUUCAGUACCGAACUAACAUGACGCAGCGGGAUGAGGUGCAAAAAUUCGAGCACGGCCGCAUCAAGGUCCUGCAGGAGGAACGUUUGCAUAUACAGAAAAAGACGUUUACGAAAUGGAUGAAUUCGUUCCUGCAGAAGGUGAGGAUGGAGGUGGAGGACCUCUUCGUCGACCUCGCCGAUGGCCGGAAGCUUCUGAAGCUGCUGGAGAUCAUCUCCGGCGAGAAGCUGGCCAAACCGAAUAACGGCAAGAUGCGCGUGCACAAGAUCGAGAACGUGAACAAGAGUUUAGCGUUCUUGCACACGAAAGUCCGUCUGGAGAGUAUAGGAGCCGAGGAUAUAGUCGACGGAAAUCCCCGGUUGAUUCUCGGUCUGAUAUGGACCAUCAUCUUACGUUUCCAAAUUCAGGAAAUUGAAAUCGAUGUUGAUGAGGAGAACGAGAGUUCCGAAAAGAAAUCUGCCAAAGAUGCGUUACUGCUGUGGGCGCAAAGGAAGACGCACGGUUAUCCGGGCGUCCAGAUAAACGAUUUUACGGGAUCCUGGAGGAGCGGUCUGGGCUUCAACGCUCUGAUUCACGCCCACAGACCUGACCUCUUCGAUUUCAACCAGUUGCAACCUUUGAGGCAUAUCGAUAACCUGAACCAUGCUUUCGACGUGGCCAACAACGAACUGGGCAUCCCCAGUCUUUUGGAUGCUGAAGAUAUUGACAUGAACAGACCGGACGAAAAGAGUAUCAUGACUUACGUGGCUUCUUACUAUCACACUUUUGCGCGGAUGAAGAACGAGGCCAAGAGCGGAAGGAGAAUCGAAAAGAUUAUCGGCCAGAUGAUGCAGGCCGACAAGAUGAAGACCAGAUACGAUAAACUCACAACGGAUUUGUUGGAGUGGAUUCAGAAGACGGUGGUGGCGUUGGAGGAACGCCCGUUCCCCAACUCGCUGGAAGGUAUCCAACAACUCUUGAUUAACUUUGGUAUGUACAGGACGUUGGAAAAACCACCAAAGUACAUCGAGCGCAGCGAAAUUGAAGCUUUGUUCUUCAAUAUCAACACGCAGAUGAAGGAGCUACGACAGCCGAUCUUCACACCCGCCGAUGGUAAAUUACUGCAAGACAUCGAGCGGGCUUGGGACCAAUUGGAAAAGGCUGAGCAUAGACGUGAAGUUGACCUAAGGGCGGAACUUAGACGACAAGAGAAACUGGAGUUGAUCAAUUACAAAUUCGAAAAGAAGAGCAUCUUGCGUGAAAAUUACCUGAAAGAAAUGAUUCAAGUACUGUCAGAUCCUAGGUACGGUUCCAACUUGACGCAGGUGGAUGCAACAGUGAAAAAGCACGAAGCCAUCUCCGCAGAUAUCUUGGCACGCGAAGAGCGCGUCUUAAACUUAACCCAGAUGUGUCAAGAAUUGGUGAAAGAGAAGUAUAGGAAUUCCGAGCGGGUAAUAGCCAGAGAGGAAGAAGUUUUGACGAAAUGGAAGGAACUGUUGGCUCUUCUUAAUAAACAUAAGUUCAAUUUGAACCGAAUUGGUAACGUUAUGUCGUUAUUACGUGAAAUCGACACGGCACUCGCGAAUGUCAAUCAAUUGAAGAUGGAUGUAUCCUCAGUUGAUACCGGAGUACAUUUGCUGGCCGUAGAAGAGCUUCUACAAAAACACGCUCUUCAAGAACUGCAGAUUACUUCACUGGGUGAAACGGAGCGCAGACUGAAGAGGUCCGUCGAGCAGAUCAUUGCUCAAAAUCCCAAAGAGCAGGACAUCAUCAAAACAAAAUUCGAUGAGCUCGCCAAUUCAUUUAAGGAAUUACAAAAUAUGAGCAAGAAUCGUAGAGCUCUGCUCGAAGAGGCCCGCAACUUCUAUCAGUUCUUACAAGAUCAAGAAGACGAGGAAGCUUGGUUGAUUGAGAAGCAGAGAAUUUGCCAAGCGCCAAUCACCGCCAAAGACUUGAGAGGUAUUUUAAGUCUUCAGCAGAAACAUAAAUUGCUUUUGGACGAAAUCAAAACACGCAAGAAUAAGUUCGAUCAACUGGGACACACUGGUCGUUUGUUGAUCAAUGAGAAACAUCCGAGGGCCAAGGAAAUUCAACAUUGCAUAGACACCAAUCAGCAGGAAUGGUCGACUUUGGAGAAGUUGGCCAACGAACGAACUAAACGUCUUCAAGACGCCGCGGAAACGUAUCAAUUUUACGCGGACGCCAAUGAGGCUGACUCCUUUUUACACGAGAAGAAGUACAUUUUAGAAUCGCAAGACUACGGAUCCGAUGAGCCGAGCGCACAGGCGCUCCUCCAACGUCAUCGCGAUUUGCAAGGAGAGUUGAAUGCGUACAAUGGAGAUAUUCAGAGUCUGAACAACCAAGCGGAAAGAUUAAUUUCAGCUGGCAUUUCGAACUUGGAGGAGGAAAUACCGACGGAAGAAUUGUUCGAGAACAAAAUGAUACCGAUUGAAGUGUACGAAGAUGAACCGGUGGAGAAAAUCGAGUACCGCACCGUCUACGAGGAGCAAAAGGUUAGGCAAGUCAAGGCUCGAUACCCGUACCAUGACGAUAGGAUGUCGAUGGCCAAAGGUGAAGUUAUGUUUCUGUUGAGCGAAAACAAUCCGGAUUGGUGGUGCGUACGGAAAGCUGAUGGUACCGACGGUUUCGCUCCGGCGAAUUAUCUUGAAGAGAUUCAACCGCGUAUCAUCCAGAAGAAAGUGAACAAACCGGAGAAGGUACGCACGAUUGAGAAGGUCAAGAAGACGAAAAUGGUGAUGCAAAAGGUUCCGGUGAGCGGUAACAAAGGUCAAAGGGUCACGAAGAAGACCGACGACUCGAACAGUGUACCCAAGAGGAGGAAGAAUAUUAACGAUACCUACGAUGAGUGCCAGGAGAUGUCCGCAAAGAGACACGCGCUCCUGGAAGACGCCAUCAGAUUGUACAGGUUCUACAGAGAGUGCGACGAUUUUGAAAAAUGGAUUAAAGACAAGGAGAAAAUGUUGGCAUCUGACGACCCCAAUCAAAAAGUCGAGCAAGCCAUUAACAAACAUAAGAAAUUCGUUACUGAUUUAUCGGCGAGUAAGAAACGAUUGGAGGGCAUUGAUGCCGAAGUUAAAGAGUUUGAGAAGCAGAACCAUUCGCAGAUCGACAAGGUGAGGGCGAGGCAUCGCCAAAUCACCGCCGCUUGGGACAGACUCAGGAAGUUGGGUAUCCAGAAGGAGAAGAGUUUGGAGGGCGCAAGCAUCGUUGAAAUUUUCCUCAGCACAUGCGGCGAGGCGAAGGAUCGCAUGCACGAUAAAUUAAAUAAUUUAGAUGAAGCCGUUCUGGCGCACGAUCUGAAAACGGUGCAGGCGUUGCAAAGAAGACACGAACAACUCGAACGUGAGAUCACGCCGAUCGAGAAGACCGUAAACGAAAUCGCCGAUUUGGCGAAUUCAGUGAUAUCUUCGAAUCCUCACGAACGCGCAAACGUCUCCAAAACAGAGGAUGAGAUCAAAGAUCUCUGGAUGCAGGUCAAAGAUAAGGCGCAGAAGAGAAGGGCCGGUUUGGAGAAUGCCGUCGGACACCAGAUUUUUUCGAAUGGUGCAAACACGCUCUUAGCUUGGGUUGCCGAUGUUAAAAACCAAUUAAACGCGGAUAAUACAGUGCGAGAUGUCCAAACAGCCGAAAAUCUGCUGAAGAAUCAUCAAGAUCUGAAACAUGACAUCGAUGCUCAUAGAGAUGAAUUUACGCAGGUCGGCGAUUUGGGUAAAAAACUAUUGAAAUCCAACUCGAAAUUGACCGAUAUUCCUGAAAAAUUGACCAGACUCGCCGAAGAGCAGGCCGCGUUGGACCGUGGCUGGAAGGAAAAACAGGAUUGGCUUCAGCAAUGCCUGCAGCUUCAGAAGUUUAACAAAGAAGCGGAUAAAAUAGACGCAGCGACAUCCAGUCAUCAAGCAUUCCUCGAGUAUUCCGAGUUGGGUAAUUCGUUGGAUGAAGUUGAGGCGCUAUUGAAGCAGCACAGAGAAUUCGCAAAUACUCUUGUCGCUCAAGACACCGCUUUGAAUACAUUCGAUAAGCAGGCGGAUAACUUGAUCAAAGCCAAUCAUUACGACAGCCAAGGUAUCGAUGAUAGACGUAAACAGGUUCUGCAGAAAAGACAGGCCGUGAAGGACUUGUCUCAGGCGCGUUCUCAUGCGUUAGAAGCAUCGAAGAAUUACCAAGAGUUUUGCGCUCAAGUGGACGAUUUGCGUGCUUGGCUGGCCGAGAAAAAGAAGACAGCGUCCGACGAGAGUUACAGGGAUUUGAGCAAUCUCGAGAGGAAAUUGCAGAAGCACGAGGCGUUCGAGAGGGAAUUAAGAGCGAACGAAGGGCAGCUCAGAACCGUGAAUAAAUUGGGACAAUCGUUGAUCGCGCAAAACAGCUACAGAAAGGAUGACGUUGCGAAAACGUUGAAAGACUUGAACGACGAAUGGCAGAGCCUCGUCGGAACGUCCUUAGACAAAGGACGCAGAUUGCGGCAGGCGGAAACGCAGCACACGUACAAUACAGCCGUCGACAGCAUCAAUAAUAAAUUAGGUGAGAUUGAGAAGAAAUUGAAUUCGCCAGAUGUCGGCAAUGAUUUGAGGUCUUGCAAAGAACUGCUUAAGAAGCAUGAAAUGCUGGAGAACGAGUUGGCGCAGUGCUCGAGCCGCGUUGAUGAAUUAGCUAAUCAAAGCAACGAGAUGACCGACGAUGACCAUUUCGAUUCAGCAGCUGUUAAAGAGGAAGCAGCUGUUAGCAAGGAUAGAUUGAAAGACCUCGCUACUCCGGCUAAAAAACGGCGCGACGCGCUCGAAGAAUCGCUGUGCUUCCACAAAUUCAGAUUCGACUUGGACAAUGAGUUGCAAUGGAUCAAGGAGCAUAUGCCGCAAGCAUCUUCAGAGAAUUUAGGCCAGAAUUUGCAUCAAACCCAGAACAUGUACAAGAAGCACAAGAAUUUGGAAGAUGAGAUUUUGGGACAUCAACCUGUCAUCGACAAGACUUUGGAGAAUGGACAGGGAUUGAUCGCGCAAAAACAUCCGGAAGCGAGGACCGUCCAAGAACUAUGUCAAUCACUUACUGACGCUUGGAAUGAUCUGCAAAGCAAGGCUGCAGAACGAGCGCAGAAACUGGAGCUCUCUCUGAAGGCUCAACAAUAUUUCUUCGAUGCCAGCGAAGUUGAAUCUUGGCUGAAUGAGAGGAAAGACGUAUUAGCAAGCACCGAUUACGGCAGAGAUAGAGACGCAGCCACGAAACUGUUAACCAAACAUAAAGCUUUGGAAUUGGAGCUGGACACAUACAGCAGCAUCAUUGCGGAAAUGGGACGAGGCGCUCAAGCCCAUGUUCAAUCCGGACAUCCGGAGUCGAAAGCUAUAAGCGAGAGGCAAGCCGGAUUAGAGCACCUCGUGAGAUCGUUGCAGAGACGUGCCGCUGUUAGGCAACAGUGCUUGAUGGAAUCUUUGUUCAGGCACGAGUAUUUCUUGGAAUCCGAAGAUUUAGAGAGGUGGAUCGCCGAGCAGCAUCAACACGCUGCUUCCGAAGAUUACGGCCAGGAUUACGAGCAUCUGCAGCUUUUGCAAGCGAAGUUCGACGAUUUCAAGCAUCGCAUUGAAGCUGGUUCGGAGCGUUUCAAGCAGUGCGAAGAUCUGGCACAGAAAUUAAUCACAAACAAGAAUCCCUACAUUGGUGAGAUCGGCAGAAAGCAACAAUUAUUAGAGGAUGAAACAGUUUCUGAUGAUGUAGAGGCCGUUACAUCUAGGCAUGAAGAUAUACGGACAAAAUGGGCUAAUUUACGAGAUCAAAUAGAAAACCGUGAGCGCAGAUUACAUGCGGCUGGAGAGAUCCACCGUUUCCAUCGCGACGUCAGUGACGCUUUAUCCAGGAUUCAAGAGAAAAAUGCCUCGUUGGGUACGGAUCUUGGACGCGAUUUGAAUUCCGCUUUGUCUCUACUGCGAAAACAAGAGGCUUUCGAGAAUGAACUGGUCGUGUUGGAGGCCCAACUUCAAGUUCUCAUUGACGAUGCUCCACGCUUGAUGUCAACUUAUCCAAAGAACAAGAAGCAAAUCCAAGAUCAACAGGAUUUGAUUGUUUCAGCUUGGCAGGGAUUGAGAGAACGCACCGAAAUGAGGAAAGAUCAACUACAAGCGAGCGUCGACUUGCAAAAGUUCUUGACUCAAGUUCGCAAUCUGACAAAUUGGUCUACGGAAGUUCGAGCUGCUAUGGAUGCUGACGAUAAUCUUCGUAGCAUGGCUCGUGCUCAAGCUCUUAAAGAUGAACACGAUGCUCUUAAAGUUGAGAUCGAAGCGAGGGAGGAACUAUUCCAGGCUGUAGCUGAUAUGAGUACAGCUAUGGAGAAAACCGGUCAUUAUGCCGCAAAUGAAGUCGUAGAGAAAUGCGCAGCACUAUUCGAAGAGCGCGAAAGGCUUCAUCAAGCGUGGCACUUGAAGAAGAUCAAAUUGGAUCAGCUGAUGGACUUGCAUUUGUUUAUGCGCGAAGCUAAGCAAUUGGAGAACAUCUCGAACGCUCAGGAAGCUGCCUUGGGUAAUCUGGAUUUCGGUGAGAGCAUCGAGGAGGUUGCUCGUCAAGUGAAGAAACACGAGGAAUUCGAGAAGUUGCUCAAUGCGCAAGAUGAAAAAUUCGACUCGCUUUUGGUAACGGGCGAUAAAUUAUUGAUGCAGAAACAUUUUGAGAGCGGACAAAUUGCGGUGAGAUUGGCGGAAAUUCAGGCGAAACGCCUCAAAGUCCGUCAAAUGUGUUUGGAUAAGAAGAAGCAGUUGCAUCACGCUCUGCUUUACGCUGAAUUCGUGAGAGACGUUGCGGAUGCAAGGAAUUGGAUAAGCGAAAAGGAGAAGGUUCAAGCGGAAAUAAAAACCGGAGAGGUCAGCAACUUGGAAGAUAAGAUCAAGAAGUUGCAAAAACAUCAAGCUUUCCAAGCGGAAGUUGCCGCUAACUUGGGACGCAUGGAGGAGAUUCGACUGAAGGGAGAAACUCUGAUCAAACAAAAACACAAGGCUUCUUCCCAUGUUGCCAAGCAAUUGUACGAUUUAGACGAAGCUUGGAAUCGCCUCUUAGAGGAGGUCGAAUCUUGUGGCAAAGGCCUGGAAGAAGCGCAGGAUAUCUUGGAGUUUAACAAUCAAUUGGAUAAGAUCGAUGCUUGGAUCAGAGACAAAGAAGUUAUGGUGCAAGCGGCUGAUACUGGACGUGACUAUGAGCACUGCCAAGCUCUGCAAAGAAAAUUGGAUGAUGUUGACAGUGACAUGAGGGUGGACGAUACUCGCAUCAGGAUUAUCAAUGCCUUGGCAGAUAAAUUGAUAAAGCAAGAUCACCAAGGUGUGCAAGAGCGCAAGAACGAUUUCAUUCGCAAAUGGCAGAACUUGCAGGGCGCCCUCACCGAUUACAGGAACAAACUGAGCGGUGCUUCAGAAGUUCACCUCUUCAACCGUGAUGUUGCAGAUACGAACCAUAGAAUUGCCGAGAAAGUUGCUGCCAUGCAAGACCAAGACGUCGGCAAAGAUUUACCAGGAGUUGAAGUGUUGCAACGUAAACAAGAAGCAGCCGAAGUUGAGAUGACCGCAGUAGAAAAGAAACUGAAGGAUCACGAACGCGAUUCCUACAAGCUAUCGCAAAAGUAUCCUCACAACGCUGUGCAUAUUACGAACCAAAUGGAGAACCUCCAAAAGCAAUGGAAUACUUUAUUGGACGCGAAAGACAAUAGGCGUAGAGCGUUGGACGGUGCAUACACCAAGCAGAAAUUCUUAGCCGAUACCAAAGACCUGGAAGUUUGGUGUUCCGAAAUGAUUAAGCGCAUGGAAUCCAGGCACAAACCGACGAACGUUCUUGAAGCUGUAGCUCAACUAGAGCUUCACGAUGAGCUUAAAGUUGAAAUUGACGGCAGAGCCGAAGAAUUCAAGAAACUGAUUAACUUUGGAAAAGAAAUGGGAAACAGCGAUAACCAAAUAAACGAAGUUGUCGAAAAAUUGGAACAACUCCAGAAGAAUUUACUGAAAACGUGGACAAUGCAUAAGCAAGAUUUAACCCAUGAAUAUCAACUGCAAGGAUUCAAGGGGCAUGCAGAUCAGCUUGACAGUUGGUUAGCUUCCAAGGAGGCUUUCCUUAACAACGAUGACGUUGGUGAGAACAUUCGCACCGUCGAAGCCCUUAUUCGAAAACAUCAAGAUUUCGAAAUUAUGUUACCACAACAAUUAGUGCGCAUCACAGAUUUGCAAGAUGUAGCAACUGCUCUGUACGAGGACACUAGAUACGAUAAUAACGAAGUUAGAAGUCGUAUGUCUGCAAUUAUAAGUCGCAAAGAUAACUUGAUUCGUUUAUCGAAUUCACGAAGAAAAACUUUGGAAGAAUCCAAGGCUCUGAAUGAAUUUGUUCGCAAUUUCCAUGAUGUGAACAGUUGGUUGGCAGAGAAAAUCCAAGUAGCCAGCGAUGAAAAUUACAGGGAGCCAACGAAUUUACAGUCAAAGAUUCAAAGACACAUUGCUUUCGAAGCGGAAAUUGUGGCUAAUAGAUCGAGGAUCAAGAAAGUACUCAACGAUGGACAAGAAUUGAUCGACGAUGGUCAUUUCGCUGCUGAAGAAAUUGCUAAUCGCCUGGAAGGAUUUGAAGCUGAUGCGAAGCUAUUGCAGGACUUGUCUCAAGUGAAGAAAGAUUGCUUAGACGAUGCGUAUCAGGCAUUGCUGUUUAAUCGUUCUUUGGAUGAAUUUGAAGUAUGGUUGAGUCAAAUUGAGCAACAAUUGCUGUCAUCCGAUCACGGAAAAGACUUAGCGACGGUUAAUAAUUUGUUGAAGAAGCAUUCCAGUUUGGAGAAAGAAGUGCAACAGCACAGCAAGAACUGUGAAACUAUUAACGAAACGGCAGAAGAUUUUGCUAAACGCGGUCAUUUCAUGGCUGACGAACUUGAAGAUCGUGCCCAGAAAGCGAUCACAAGAUACCAUCAAUUGCAGGAUCCCAUGCAAACCAGAAGAGAUCUACUGGAAUCAUCCAGUAUGUUGCAUCAAUUUACCAGAGAUGUUGACGACGAGUUGCAAUGGCUUAACGAUAGGCUGACUAUGGCCUCUUCAACGGAUUUGGGUAAUACACUUACGGCCGUGCAAAGUUUGCAGAAGAAACAUUUGGCUUUAGAAGCGGAAUUGGUUUCUAGAGAACCAAUUGUAGCCGGUUUGGUUUCUCGCGCCGCUCAUUUAUCAGCGUCCGGUCACAACGCUGCUCCGGUGAUUAACGACAAAGCAGCUGAAGUGAAGAGCACAUUGACGAAGCUUCGUGACAUGGCCAGCAUAAGGAAACUGCGUCUACAAGAUGCAUUGGAAGCGCAAACUUUCUAUGCUGAAGCAACCGAAGCUGAAGCCUGGAUUGGUGACAAAAAACCAUUGUUGGAAUCUGGAGAAAUAGGUAGAGACGAGGAUUCUACACAGUCAUUACAAAGGAAGUUGGAAGGAAUCAAUUGCGAAAUUGAGGCUUUCAGAAUUACAAUUACUAGACUUAGUAAAAUGUCGCAAGAACUUGUCGACAGGCAGCAUUAUGAUUCCGUCAAUAUAUCAAGAAGGAGAGCGGAAGUUGAUGCCAAAUUCAAAGAGCUGGAGAACUUGUUACGCGAACGCGAGACUUGUUUAGCCGAAGCUCUACUGUUCUUCGGAUUCACCAGGGAAUGCAACGAGGUGCAAGAAUGGAUGUCCGAUCAGCAGACUAAAGCUGCUUCAGAAGAUUACGGUACGGAUGUAGAACACGUUGAACUUUUGACGCAAGCCUUUGAGACUUUCCUGAUCAGUUUGAUGAACAGCAAAUUGCGUGUACAGGCGUGCAUCGAUAAUGGAAAUAAACUGAGUAUGGCAAGGAGCAGGCAUAUUGGAAAAGUGGAGCAAAAAGUUGACGAAAUAAAGAUGCUCUGGGAAGAUUUGAUGGAGUUGGCGCAGGCCAGGAAAGAAGCCUUGGCAGGUGCUAAGACCGUUCACAUGUUCGACAGGACGGCCGAUGAAACUACAACUUGGAUCGAAGAGAAGGAGAACAUCUUGAAUUUGGACAAUUACGGACACGACUUGGAGAGCAUUCAAGCUCUUGUCAGAAAACACGAUGCUUUUGAAACUGAACUGUUGGCUGUUAAGGAACAGGUGGACUACGUGAACCAAGAGGCGAAGAAGUUGAUCGACAUGUAUCCAGAUGCUGAAGAACACAUCAGAGUUAAACAAGAAGAUACACUGGCGGCGUGGAACGACUUGGAAAUCCAAGCUGAGCAAAGAAAAGAAAAAUUGUCGCAAGCCGAACAUCUGCAAUCUUAUUACGAUCAACAUCAAGAUCUUUUAGCCUGGAUUAACGAGAUGCUGGCAAAGAUCACAGCACCGGAUCUGCCACAAGAGGCGACCGGAGCUGAAUUGCUGAGGGAACGCCACAAGGAACACAAAGUGGAAAUUGACGCCAAGUCGGAAUCUUUCAAUCAUUUCUUCAACACCGGAAACGAGUUGAUUCGUAAUGGACACUUCUUGUCGCACGAGAUUCAAGGAAAGUUAGACCUUCUGGAGCAACGCUUGGAGUUGUUGCAUCGCAUUUGGUACACGCGCAGCAUUAUUUACGAGCAGAAUUUGGACGUGCAGCUCUUUAAGCACGAUGCGAACACAUUAGAAAACUGGAUGAUAGUUCGCGAAGCCACGCUUCGUGAUCCUAAAGUUGGAGAUUCCAUCAUUCAAGUUGAAGAUAUGAUCAGGAAACACGAAGACUUCGAGAACACAAUCCGUGCCCAGGAGGAGAAGUUCGCUGCUCUUAAACGUAUGACGUUGCUGGAGGAAGCCUUUACCGUACAAAAACAAGCUGAACUCGAAGCCAGGAAGGCCGAGAGGGAAAGGCAAGAACAAGAGCGAUUGGCGCAGAGGAAGAAGCAGGAGAUGCAGCGUUUCACUGAAAUGAGACGCGCUGAAGAAAUUAAACGUGGACCGGAAAUUAACGGGAACUACGAGAAGAAGAAACCGGACGUGGCGCCGCCUCCGCCGCCAACCACCAAUUUGACUAAAUCUAAUUCUGCUGCUCAAAUGUUUGGCGAUAGAAUUAGGAGGGGAAGCGAUCACAGCGUGAAACGCGCGGAGAGCAUGAAAGUGACCGCACCACCAAAACUACCCAAGAGGACUCCUUCGUUCACCACCAGAAGAAGAAAUUCCUUCAAAGAUAAGAGCCCCGGACACGAUUUUGAACUUCCGCCUGUUGAGAUCCAGACCUUCUUGGAUCGCAAGCAAGUCCUGACGGCCGCCGGUAAACGGGCGCAGAUCAGGACGUGGAAGAAUCUGUACACGGUUCUCUGCGGACAGCUGCUGUGCUUCUUCAAGAACGUGGAGGACUUCUCCGCGAGUAAAGCAAUGUAUCCGCCUUUGGGAAUCCACAAUGCCCUGUGCACCGUCGCCGAUGACUACAAUAAACGGAAGCACACGUUCCGCUUGGUGAUGCCCGAUCAAUCCGAAUAUUUGUUCUCCUGCCUCAGCGAUCAAGACAUGCUCGACUGGGUGAGGAAGAUUUCGUUCAGAGCCAAAUUACCACCGAGCCAACAGCUCGUACACUUCGAAGUGCAAAAGCAAGAUUACCACGAUAACGAAUUAAGCUCGCAGAGCAGCCGAACCUCCAGCCCAGACGUCAUAGAUCCGGUGGUAAUGCGCGAUCCUACUACCAUUUCUUCUAAUGGAAACUCGGUCAGGCACACCAUUGCCGGUGACCAUCCGCCGCCCCCGUUGCCAGUCAGUCAACCGCCAAAUAACGGCCCCAGGCGUCAUAACACUUUAGAUAAUUCCCAAGACAACCACGGCUACGAUGAAUGGAGUAACACCCGAGGAUCCAGGAAUAGCAUGGCCGCAGGCGAACGAAAGUCUUCGCGACUUAUGGACCUGUUCCGGAAGAAACGUCAACCUUCCACGCAAUUCUAAUUAUUGUUUUAGUCUUAACGCUACUCUGAUUUAAGUAAUCCACCUGUUACAUUAUUAUUCUUUCUUUUCGUUUCUUUCGAUUAUAUCUGUACACGUCUUACAUUUAUUAACUUAAGAAGAGGAGCUGAAGGAUUCAGGUGAAAAUUAAGAAAUAACACACACAUACACAUUUGAUUAUUAUUAAUAUUUUUCAAUGAAGCGUACC